AUUCCAGCCGCCGUCGGGGUGAUUCCGUAAAAUUUCUAACAAAACUCCAUUCCCACGGAAUAGGCAAGAGGGUAACUCUGUAAAUUUUAAGCUCCGGUGAUGAAUAAGAUCCACUCCCUCACGCCGGAGUAAAUUUCACGUUGUUCUCUUCUCACAUCCACAAAAAAAUCAUGAAACUGAAUCGCGGCGGUAGCGGAGAGCACGGCCACCACCACCACCACCACGAGGCCCUGAAGUUUUCAAACUUCUUUUUCAUGCCGGAGCGGCCACGUGACUACCUCGUGCUUUUCACUCGCGUCUCCGUCCUCACGUGCCUCAUCUUCUCCGUCUCUCUCGUUCUCCGCAUCACUUUUCUAUCCUCCUCCUCCGCACCGGACUAUUCCUCCUCCUACGGUCUCCGUUUCCCCGCCGUGCCUCAAAAGGCCCUAGCUCUCCCUCCGACGGGGUCCGUUGGUCCGAUCAACAUCUCCCACAUUCAGUUCUGUAUCGCCGGAGCAGCUGAGACCUGGCUCGAUCGUAGCCGGUACACCUCCUUGUGGUGGCGCAACUCCACACGUGGAUUCGUCUGGCUCGAUAAACCGGUGAAGCUCCCUGAAAACAACUCCGAUAACCGGUUCUCAAUCCCGGUUCGAGUUUCAGAUUCAGGCUGGACCCGGUUUAGAUUCUCAAGCUCGAGAGCCGCGGUUCGGAUCGCUAGGACUAUAUGGGAUAGUUACAAACUAAAUCUACCGGUUGUACGGUGGUUCGUCAUGGGAGAUGACGACACGGUCUUCUUUACAGAUAAUCUUGUGAAGGUUCUCGCGAAGUACGACCACGAGCAGAUGUGGUACAUUGGUGGAAACUCGGAGAGCGUCGAGCAGGACGUGAUGCACGCGUACGAUAUGGCGUUCGGCGGCGGCGGUUUCGCGAUUAGCCGUCCACUCGCGGCGCGUUUGGCCAACGCGAUGGACGGUUGUCUCCAACGGUAUUUUUACUUCUACGGUUCGGAUCAGAGAAUCGCGGCUUGCGUUAGCGAAAUCGGCGUUCCGUUCACCGAAGAACGCGGUUUUCACCAGCUUGACAUAAGAGGAGAUCCAUUUGGGUUUCUAGCAGCACAUCCAUUGACUCCCCUUGUAUCAUUGCAUCACCUCGUUUUCUUAGACUCAAUAUUCCCUAACAAAAACCCUAUCGAGUCGCUACAAACCCUAAUGAAACCUUACAACUUAGACCCGCAUCGAAUACUCCAGCAGGUUAACUGCCAUGACCGCAAGCGUCAGUGGUCUAUAUCCAUUUCUUGGGGAUACUCUAUUCAGAUAUACUCUUACUUCUUGAGCGCUAAAGAGCUGGAGAAGCCGUUGAAAACCUUCAAAACCUGGCGGUCUUCGAGCAAUGGACCUUUCACGUUUAACACAAGGCCCUUGAAACCUGACCCGUGUCAGCGUCCCGUCACUUAUUUCAUGGAUGGAGCAGAGGAUGUGCGGGAUAGUGGGACCAAGACUUGGUAUAGUGUAGGGGAUAAGAAUUAUGGUUAUUGCGGAAAGAGAGAGCAUUCUCGGGUAGCUAGGGUGAAGAGGAUAUUGGUGACUUCAAUGAAGAUGGCUCCUGAGUAUUGGAACAAGGCACCACGGAGACAGUGUUGCGAGGUGAUGGACGGAGGGGGAAGAAGAAAAGAGAAAGAAAUGUCGAUAAGGAUUAGAAAGUGCAGAUCUUCAGAGACGAUAUAAAAAAAACAUUUUAAUUUAAUUACAGAGAUAUAUUUGCACAUACAGACUUUAGAUUCGACCAUAGAUUGGUACCUAAUUUCCUAGAACAAAGAGUGUG